AUGUCUGCCAGUCACAACCACCUCAGCAGCACCGACAGUCCGGCCGACUUCGACCGUGAUAGUGCCGCCGCCAUCAUCGACUGCUGUUGCGCCUCCGCCUCCGCCGGCUACCACCGCCCCUCCCGUCAUCACACCCCCGGCGACUACAUCAAUACCUGCACCACCGCCAACUCAACCGCCCGUCGUUCCUCCGGCCAGCACGGCGGCGCCACCAGUAUCAUCGCCACCGCCGCCUGUCGUGCCGCCACCGCCGGCACCCACGACUGUCGUCACGUCUACUACAUCCAACGCGGCAGCACCGCAGAGCACGUCGGCUGA